AUGGACGAGUUUGCGCAAGAGAACACGCGGGGUGCGAACGUCAAGCGCGAUGCGGUAAAGCUGCUGGACGAGGCGUUGAAGUCUUUGCGGGAUAAAGCGGAAGAAAAUCAAGUAUUAGGAGAUGCACUGGAGGCAACGCGGCGCGCGUUGGCGAAGUCGGAGCGUGAGGGUGCGAAAUUGAAGGAAGGGUUGAACACGGUGCUCGCAGGGGGCGACAAAGACGACAAGAUGACGCUCAUCGAGUCGCUGUUUGAGAAGCUUGAUGGCAUGGCGACGCGGUAUUCGAGCGUGAUCUCUACGCCAACGAUUCAGAUCCCGCAGUCUCCACAAGCGGGGGAUGUGGGCGAGAUGUCGGCGCUUCGGAGAGAGCUGGACGAUAUGUCGAACGAGUUGCAGCGAGCGUCGGCGAGUUCGGGCGACUCGGAUAAAUUAAGAAAGCAACUAAAAGCGGCGCAAGACGCAAAAAUUGCCGCACUGGCGGACGCUGAAGCCUUUCAAACCGAACGCGACGAUGCCAUAGCAGAGGUUGAAAGGUUGCGACAGGCCUUGAAGACGACAAGCGCUGGCGGCGGAGGUGAACCGUUUCUCAACAACGAACGCAUGCGUGAACUCGAAGGCUUGCUUGUGGAGGCGCAAAAUGCGAUUGGUUUACUCUCUGAUGACAAUGAAUCUCUUCUUGUGAAGCUACGACGUUACGAAGAAGCCGGCUCUGGGAGUGACGGGUCGGAUUCGAAGCACGUCAGAGCGGCGCAGCAAGCUGCCAGAGACGCGGCAACGGCGGCGAACGAAGUCGCGCAAGAAGCCGAGCAAGCCAUCUUGGCGGCGUAUUCUCGCAAUGGUUCCAACGCCGAGUUGCAACAAGAGCUGGAUACGCAACGCGAACUCGCAGCACGAAGGGCCGAUGAGGUUGAAAAGCUCAAAUCGAUAAUUGGCGACAUCGACGCUCAGCGAGAAGGCUUGUCUCAAAAGCUUCGAGUGGCGUACGCGAGUCUGCGUGAAGUAGAAAGCAAGAAGGAUAGUAGCGGUCAGUUCGAAGGUUCCACGGCGGAAAAGAUUAUGGCACUAGAGAACGAGUGCAUGCGCCUUCAGGAUGAAGCCGACGCUGCGGCCGAGGCUUUGGAAGAGGCGAGAGAACGGGCCAUGCGCGAAGGCGCCGCCGCGGAAGCAGCUCGUCGUCUCGGUGCGACAGCUGAAGCGAAGGUAUACAGCGCCGUGCAAGCGCGGGACGCGGCGCUCGCACGGGUACGCACGCUCGAGGAAUCCAUCCAACACGCCGUCGAUAAAGAAAAGCACAUCGCGAUGGAGACGGCGCAAUAUCGCCAAGAGCUCGCCGUCGUGUCAGACGAUUUGAUGGCGAUGACAAAAGAGCAACAGGUGGUCAAUGCCGAGCUGUUGCGUGCGACGAGCGAGCGCGACAACGCGUGGUCAGAACUUCGAGAGGCGAAAGCAGCGCAGCAAGCGGCCGAAGCGAACGCGAAAGCAAAGCAGAAGGAAGUGGACGACGUUGUUAACGCCUACCAAGAACUUGGCGUCGAAAAUCGUCGAGUUGUCGCGGACAUGGACGACAUGGAACGCGAUUUGCGCCGAGCAAAGGUUGCGCUUGACUCAUCAGAAGCCACCUUAGCGCAGGCGACUGAAAGGGCGAAAGCGGCUGAAGCUGAAAAUAAGGCGUAUGCGAGUGACUUGCAAGCGUAUCAGCGUCAAGUCGAUAAUCUGACGCAUCUACUGGAAAACUCUGUGCGUGACAAGGGAGACGACACGGGUUCGUACGAAGCGCUGACGACAAAGCUCGAAGCGUCAAAGGCGAUGUUAUUCGAUAUGGAACGCGCGAGAGAGAUGUCGCGACGCGAAACCGCCGCGGCGGAAGCAAACUUGCUCGUCACUCGAAGCCGGCUCACCGAUGCACAAGGAGAUAAUGAGACUCUCAAGCACAAGUUAAGGUUGGAGACAAAUCGUGUGCGAGAGCUCGAAAGUCUCGUUUCUGCACUUCGCACCCACGAACAUCAAGCGGUUGUCGAAAGUGGUGACAGUUCUCAGCGCUCGGAGCUUUUGAGGGAGCGCGUGAGCGCACUGCAGGAGCAAAAUCACGGAUUAUCACGUCAACUCGAGGCUCUCAAGCAGGAUAAGAAAUCGUUUGAAACCGAGGUCGAGCGCCUUCGCAACUUGAUUGAGGAUGCGGCUGCAGGUGGAUCGACUACGAGCCAGUCCGGUCGCACGGUGACGAGCGCUUUGGUUCACGCUGAAGCGCAAGCAAAAGAGAGAGAGCACGAAGUCGAGAGACUCACCGCAUUAUUGCAGCAAGCUCAAGAGAAAUGCGCAACUCUUGAAAACAGCGUUCGGGAGGCUGAAUCAACUGCGAACGAUGCGAAGCGAGAAGCGCUCGCGAUUGCUCGCCGCGAAGCUGAAGCGCGCGCCGAACUAGGUGGUUUGCGCAGCGAACUCAGCAUCGCAAAGGACGCGCUGCGAGACGCGAUGGAAGAUGGUUAUUCGAACAACGAUUCGCAGGUGUUGCAAAUGCGCGUAACGGACGCUGAGCGCCGAGCGGCGGCGGCGGAAUCGGCACUCUCGAGCAUGGAGCGUGCGAAUCCAGUGUCCGCAGCUUCCGCUGAAGAGGUGAAGGUACUUCGCGAGGAGAAUCAACGUUUACUCCAUUUGUUGUCAAAGGCGAACGAUGAUCUGAACUCGGCGCGAAAGAUCAUUGACGAGCAAGGUUACGCCGACGGCGCGACUGCUUUGCUCGUAAACGAAAGGGUACAGGCGGCAGAAGAGGCGCGCCGACGAGUCGAGCAAGAUUUCCAGCGACUUGUCGAGCAAAUGCAGCAAAUGGAAUCCGGCGCUGGUGGCGAGCUUUUAGAUAGGUUGCGAGAACUCGAAGAAGUGAACACCGAGCUCGAAUAUGAGAACGACGCGCUUCGAGAAUCGCUAGCGGGGACUGAAGAAGCGAUUGCGGUGAUGCAACAAGACCUCGCGAGAACCGUGGACGAGUACGCCAAGCUCGGCUCGCUUGUGGAGACAAUAAGCGACGAUAGCGACGCGUAG